UCCUGGGGUGGAAGGCACCUCCUGGAAGUCUGUUCAGGGCCCCUGCAGACUCUGCUCGCACCCUCCCUGUGACAGGGACAGCCCUCUGAGCCCUUGGCCAUGCUCAGCUACCACAUGUCCUGGUACAUGACUCUGUCUGGGCUUUAUCUCUCCGCGUGGGAAAUGAGCCCGUGGUUGAGGUUGGCUCUGAGGUCUCCAGUGGCUGGCGAUGGAAACCCUCAGACCUGCUGCUGAAGACACAGGCCACCGGCUGCUUUAUUUGGCAACUUGGGGUGUCCUAAGACUCCCGUGUCCAGGAAUCAGAAGAGAAGAUGGAGCUGAAAUGGGGAAUGCUGCUGGCAGGGGCGCACCCAAGAGCUGCAGAGCCGGGUUAUGGGCACGCAGCCCCUGGCACCGACGCGGGCAAGGCCUUCUGCAUGUUCUACGCCGUGCUGGGCAUCCCUCUGACGCUGGUCAUGUUCCAGAGCCUGGGCGAGCGGAUGAACACGUUCGUGCGCUACCUGCUAAAGCGCAUCAAGAAGUGCUGUGGCAUGCGCAACACGGAGGUGUCCAUGGAGAAUAUGGUGACUGUGGGCUUCUUCUCCUGCAUGGGGACGCUGUGCAUUGGAGCUGCCGCCUUCUCCCAGUGCGAGGAGUGGAGCUUCUUCCACGCCUACUACUACUGCUUCAUCACGUUGACUACCAUUGGGUUCGGGGACUACGUGGCCCUGCAGACCAAGGGCGCCCUGCAAAAGAAGCCACUCUACGUGGCCUUUAGCUUUAUGUAUAUCCUAGUGGGGCUGACUGUCAUUGGGGCCUUCCUCAACCUGGUGGUCCUCAGGUUCUUGACCAUGAACAGUGAGGACGAGAGGCGGGACGCUGAAGAGAGGGCGUCCCUUGCCGGAAACCGAAACAGCAUGGUCAUCCACAUCCCUGAGGAGGCGCGGCAGGGCCGGCCACGGUACAAGGCGGACGUGGCGGACCUGCAGUCCGUGUGCUCCUGCACGUGCUACCGCCCACAGGAAUACGGUGGUCGCUCGGCGGCACAUCAGAACUCUGUCAGCGCCAAGCUCGCCCCCCAGUACUUCCACUCCAUCUCUUACAAGAUCGAAGAGAUCUCACCAAGCACAUUAAAAAACAGCCUCUUCCCAUCCCCCAUCAGCUCCAUUUCUCCUGGGUUACACAGCUUUACCGACAACCACAGGCUGAUGAGAAGGCGGAAGUCCAUUUAGGGUGUGGGGAGGGAAAUACGAACAGAAAAAGUCAUUUGUCGUAUUUGAUGUUAUGUUCCAUCAGCCCAACUCGUCUUUUCUUCCUUAUUUAUUAUUAUUAUUAUCCUUUAUUAUUAUUAUCAUUGUCAUCAUUAUUACUUUCUCUCCUUUGUUUCCUGGUUUCAUUGCUCCCCCAACUUCCCAGCGAGACAGAGCAGGCCAAAGGGAAAAGAAAGGCCCGUACUCUGAAACUCGCAGCUGAGCAUGAAGCAUGGAUUUCUUCCUUCCUUCCCAGCGACGUAUGCCUUACAUUUCUCCCCAACCUGCCCCAUCUCUGGGGUGGCUUUCCCAGGACAGGUGUGAGACCAGGACCAGGUGACAGAGCUGAGAGGAUACCCAACCCAAAGUUGCACACCAGGCUGAGAGCUUUUGAGCGCCCACCCACAGUGGUGUCUCUGACCUAACUCCUUUCUCUUUUCCUCCCAAGCAGUGGGUGGCUAUGUAUGUGUGUAUGUGUGUGGUUUGAGUGUGUGAAUGAAUGCACACGCGAGUGUGCUUGUGUGUGUGAACCAUGUGACAAAAUGGAAAGUAUCAGGUAUUCAUUCUCCUUUUCCAUCACACAAUUUUGUUAAUAGCCUGCUUUUGGCUGCUUCCAAACAAAACGGGAAAACAAAACCCACGAGGUUUUUGAUUUAUCAUUUUGCCAAAUCAAGCAUGUUCCAUAAGCAGUCUUUAUCCCAGAUGUGUCAUGACCAUAUUUUUAAAAUGCUAGGUUCUAAA